AUGCUACGCUACCAGACCAAGUUACUAGUGGGAGAUUUCCCUCAUGAGCUUGAUGUAGAAGAGAUGGAAGAAGACGUUCCCAAGCGCAAGAACCGUACCAAAGGACGGGUAGGACACACGUGUGUCGGGGGCAUGAGGAAAAGGCAAGAAGCCAACGCGAUAGAAGAUAGAGAAAAGCCUUACGUCUGUGACAUAUGUGGUAAGCGCUAUAAGAACCGUCCCGGGCUGAGCUACCACUACACUCACACACACCUGGCAGACGAGGAAGGCGAGGAAGACUCGGAGCGGCACACCCUGCCCUUCCAGCGCAAAAACAACCACAAGCCUAAGAAAGCGGCAGACGGUUCGGUGAUCGCCAACGGCUACUGCGACUUCUGUCUGGGAGGCUCCAAGAAGACGGGCUGCCCUGAGGACCUCAUCUCCUGCGCUGACUGCGGACGGUCAGGCCACCCCUCCUGUCUCCAGUUCACAGUGAACAUGACGGCUGCGGUGAGGACCUAUCGCUGGCAGUGCAUCGAGUGCAAGUCCUGCAGCCUGUGUGGCACCUCCGAGAAUGAUGACCAGCUUUUGUUCUGUGACGACUGCGACAGAGGCUACCACAUGUACUGUCUGAGCCCCCCCAUGUCUGAGCCACCCGAGGGGAGCUGGAGCUGUCAUCUUUGCCUGAGGCAGCUGAAGGAGAAGGCAUCGGCGUACAUCACGCUUACCUAAUCUGCAGAACCCCCCCUCCCCCUCCCCCUCCACCACCGCCACCACCACCAACUCCCCCACCACCACCACCGCCAGCCCAAGCCCCAGCCCCAACACACACCCACCGCCACUCCGAGAAACCCCCUCCCCCGCUGCCUGACACGACUUCCUCUGAAGACGUCCUUCCUUUCUGACCCUUUACCACUGCAGCAGGCUGGCCCCGCCCCAGGCCGCCAGCCACGCCCCCUUCCGACCUGCCUCCGUCCGGUCCAGCUCACCUAUAGUAUAUGUUCUCUCUCUCUCUCUCUCUCUCUCUUUCUCUCUCUCGUUCUUCUCUCGCUCUCUCUUGCUCUUGGAACACCCCUCCCCCCCGUUG